AUGCUAGGAAGUGUUGCUGAUGUUUUGACUGAUGCUGGACAUAAUGUGGUAAGAGCGCCGCUUAUUUAUUGGCAAUUUUAAGUGGGAGAAAAAUGUGGCCGAAUGGUCUAGUGGUAUGAUUCUCGCUUUGGGUGCGAGAGGUCCCGGGUUCAAUCCCCGGUUCGGCCCAUCCCUUUUAUUUUUUUUUUUUAGACAAUUUUGAUGCCGAUCAUUGAAGAGCAUGAGAGAGGGAAAUAUGGCGUCAAAACUACGAAUCAAUUUAUUUUCAUCGAACCUGCGGAUAGUGUAAAGGAAUUGAUUCCAGUGAUGAAAGAAAUCAAGAAGAAAAUGUGGGAAGAUGAUGCGAAAAAUCCAUUUGUUUUGGUGUCAAGAAUCAAGGCAAUGUCGCAACUUCUAGGAUCACAGUGUGAAAGUAUGUGAAUUUUUUAUCAUGCAUGCUAUUUUGUUCCAAAAAAAAACAAAAUUUUGUAGAAGUUCUAUCAUCUCCGGAGCUUCUGGAACAGAUCAAAGCUGAAAAUUACGAUCUAGCCAUCACUGAACCAUUCGAUCUUUGUGCUUAUGCUUUAUUUGAAGCUGUAAAUAUUCGAGCACAUGUUGCGGUGCUCUCCGCAAGUCGAUUUGAUCAUGUUAGUGCAGCUUUAGGUCAGCCAAGAGCUACAAGUUAUGUGCCAAGUUUGCAAGCGACUUCGGGAGAAGUUAUGACAAUUGGGGAGAGGUUUAUGAAUACAGUUCAGAGUUUUUUAGGUUUGUGAAGAUUUUGCUCUAUAUUUUCACCGGGUAUUUUUCAUUCAGGCGAAUAUUUCUUCGCUCAUGUUGGAGAUCAGAUCUAUGAAAGAGUCAGGGACAUCGCGAAAAUCAAUCGAUCUUGGCGGGAAGUUUUACCAGAAGCCUCUUUUGUUUUCACAAAUCAGAUUCCGAUUUUGGACUUCCCAGCUCCAACUUUUGAUAAAAUUAUUCCAAUUGGUGGAAUUUCUGUGAACAUGGAAAAAUCGGAAAUUCCAGAAAAAUGGGAUAAGAUUUUGAAUAUUCGCAAGAAAAAUGUUUUUAUUUCUUUUGGAUCAAAUGCAAAGAGUAUUUAUAUGCCUGAAGAAUACAAGUGAGUUAUUGAAAGUCUAAAAUUUCAGAAAAAUCUUUAAUUUCAGAAAAUCUUUGCUAAAAGUUUUCGCUUCAAUGCCAGAUGUGACUUUUAUUUGGAAAUAUGAAGAUGAAAAUGAUAAAUUGGCUGAUCAUUUGAAGAAUGUUUAUUUAGGAUCAUGGCUUCCACAAAAUGAACUUCUAGGUAACCUAAUUCAGAAUCUUGAAAUGUAUUUUCAGAAUCAAUAUUUUCAGCUGAUCCAAGAUUGAAUGUUUUUGUAACACACGGAGGUUUGGCAAGCACUUGGGAAUUAUCACUUUUGGGAAAACCUUGUGUUAUGAUUCCACUUUUCGCGGAUCAAACUAGAAACGCUGGAAUGUUGAAGAGACAUGGAGGAGCGGAAAUUCUAGCUAAAAAUGACCUCCAGAAUCCAGAUCUCCUUCAAAAAACAAUCAAAAAAGUGUUGAAUAAUCCAAAUUAUAAAAAGAAUGCUGAAAAUUUGGCUGAAAAAUUGAAUAAUCUUCCAACAAAUCCACGUGAAGUUCUAGUAAAACAUGUUGAAUUUGCAGCGAAAUUUGGAAAAUUGCCAAGUUUAGAUAAUUAUGGAAGACAUUUAUCAAUUAUUCAAUAUUAUCUUAUUGAUAUUUUUGCUAUUAUUUUUGGGAUUUUAUUCAUUGUUUUGUAUAUUUUUUAUAGAAUUUUUAGAUUUGUUUUGAGCAAAUUUUCCUGUAAAAAUUCUAGUUCCAAAGCAAAAAAUGACUAGGAAAAUGUGUUGAAUAAAUAUUUUUUCGAAAGACCAAACCAUAUAAAUUGUAGUGACCAAGUGUAGUUUUCUUAUCAGAACUAACCAAAGUUCGCUCCUCCCCUUUCCCAAAAGAUAAAAUGUGCAAAAAUUAUCAAUCACAAUCACAAUCAGUGUCAGUUCGCAAUGCGAUUUCUAUAUUUUUGUGCAUUUUUAUUGCUACAAGUAUGUAAUAGUUAUAAAAUUCUAGUCUAUUCGAAUUUAUUCGGUCACAGUCAUGUGAAAAUGUUGGGAAGUGUUGCUGAUGUUUUGACUGAUGCUGGACAUAAUGUGGUAAGAGAGUGCAGAGAAGCUAGAGACGUAGAGAAGCUAGACGGUUAGAAACCAAUCGAGAAGGUUAGAGACGUAGUGGGAGAAAUAGUGAGAGAGUAUAGGGAUUAGGGAGAGUGCAGAGAAGGUAGACCAAGCCUGAAAGGCUAUCUCGAGCGCCUUUAGCGCGAGUGUAGACCGCAAGCUUCCGCGAAGCGGCCACGUCUAAGCCUGAAAGUAGACCGCAAGCUUCCGCGAAGCGGCACUGUCUUCCGCGCAGCGGCCACGUCUAAGCCUGAAAGCCUAUCUCGAGCGCCUUUGGCGCGAGUGUAGACUGCAAGCUUCCGCGAAGCGGCCACGUCUAAGCCUGAAAUUGAACCGCAAGCUUCCGCGAGACUUCAAUAAUGUCCACAUUGAAUUUUUCCCCCAAUUCCAGACAAUUUUGAUGCCAAUUAUUGAUACUGGAGAACGUGGAAAGCACGGCACAAAAUCAACCAAGCAAUUCAUUUUUGUUGAGCCAGAUGAGAGUAUUUCAGAUUUUGCGGAGCAAUUUAAAGAUUUCCAGAAGAAUAUGUGGAAAGAAGAUAGCACAAAUCCAUUGACAAUAAUUUCCAGAGCUGGGCAAAUGGCGAAUACUUUAGGUGGACAAUGUAAAAGUGAGUUUUUAUUAAAAAAAAAAAAAAAAAAAAAAAAAUUUCAGAAGUUCUAUCAUCCACCGAGCUUCUCGAACAAAUCAAAGCUGAAAAUUAUGACUUGGCAGUUGCUGAGCCAUUUGACAUGUGUGCUUAUGCAUUUUUCGAGGCUGUGAAUAUUCGAGCACAUGUUGCUGUGUUAGCUGCAAGUCGAUAUGAGCAUGCAAGUUCAGCAUUGGGUCAACCUAUGGCUUCGAGUUAUGUUCCUGGAGUAAUGUCAGGAUUUAGUGAAAAAAUGACAAUGAAGGAAAGACUUCUUAACACACUUCAAGCUUUUGGAGGUAUUUUUCAUUUGUUUUUUGAAUUUAUUGAGUUCUGUUCCUUAUAGGAUCGUAUUUCUUCUCAUAUAUCGCUGAAUAUGAGUUUGAAAAUGCUCGAAAAAUCGCAAAUGUUACUCGAUCUUGGCGGGAAGUUUUGCCAGAAGCCUCAUAUGUUUUCACAAAUCAGAUUCCAAUUUUGGACUUUCCCGCACCAACUUUUGACAAAAUUAUUCCAAUUGGUGGAAUUUCUGUGAACACAAAACGAGGGGAAAUGAAGCUGCCGGAAAAAUGGGAUAAGAUUUUGAAUAUUCGGAAGAAAAAUGUUUUUAUUUCUUUUGGAUCAAAUGCAAGAAGUAUGCAUAUGCCAGAGGAAUACAAGUAAUUUAGAAAAUCUAAUUUAACUCCAGAAAAAUCUUUAAUUUCAGAAAAUCUUUGCUUCAAGUAUUCGCUUCAAUGCCAGAUGUGACUUUUAUUUGGAAAUAUGAAGAUGAAAAUGAUAAAUUGGCUGAUGAUUUGAAAAAUGUUUAUCUAGGAUCAUGGCUUCCACAAAAUGAACUUCUAGGUAACCUAAUUUAGAUUCUGGAAAAAUUUCAGAUAUAUUUUUCCAGCUGAUCCGCGUUUGAAUGUUUUUGUAACACAUGGAGGUUUGGCAAGCACUUGGGAAUUAUCACUUUUGGGAAAACCUUGUGUGAUGAUUCCACUUUUCGCUGAUCAAAAUCGAAAUGCAGCAAUGCUUGAAAGACAUGGAGGAGUUGAAGUUUUGAACAAAGACAAUCUAGACAAUCCAGAUCUCCUUCAAAAAACAAUCAAAAAAGUGUUGAAUAAUCCAAAUUAUAAAAAGAAUGCUGAAAAUUUGGCUGAAAAAUUGAAUAAUCUUCCAACAAAUCCACGUGAAGUUCUAGUAAAACAUGUUGAAUUUGCAGCAAAAUUUGGAAAAUUGCCAAGUUUAGAUAAUUAUGGAAGACAUUUAUCAAUUAUUCAAUAUUAUCUUAUUGAUAUUUUUGCUAUUAUUUUUGGGAUUUUAUUGAUUGUUUUGUAUAUUUUUUAUAGAAUUUUUAGAUUUGUUUUCAGCAAAUUUUUCUGUAAAAAUUCCAUUUCCAAAGCAAAAAAUGACUAGGAAAAGGUUUUCAAUAAAUAUAUUUUUGUUUAUGUAAUCCCGAGCGCCCUUGGCGCAAGUGUAAACCGCAAGCUUCCGCGUAGCGGCACUGUCUUCCGCGUAGCGGCCGGACCUAAGCCUGCAAGCCUAUCCCGAGCACCCUUGGUGCGAGUGUAAACCGCAAGGUUCCGCGAAGCGGCCACGUCCAAGCCUAAGCCUAUCUCGAGCGCCCUUGGCGCGAGUGUAGACCGCAAGCUUCCGCGUAGCGGCCGGACCUAAGAUUGUAAGCCUAUCCCGAGCACCCUUGACGCUAGCUUAAACCGCAAGCUUCCGCGAAGCGGCCGGACCUGAAAGCCCAGAAGUCCACCUCGAGCACCCUUGGUGCGAGUGUAGACCGCAAGCUUCCGCGUAGCGGCCACGUCUAAGCAUGAAAGCGAUUCCAAAUCAAAAAAAGUUUAUAUUUACUGAAUAACUGUUGGAUUUCUCGACGGAAAAAUCGAGCCUUCUGACACAUUUUUAUAGUUAACUAUAAUAUAACUUGCAGUGCAUAUAAAAAUUUGAUAAUAAUGUGUAUUACAAAUAUAAAAUGAGACAUAUUCUUUGGUGGAUUUUUGAAAAUUUGCGAAAUUUGAAUGUAGAUAAAUAAUAGCAAUAAUUCGUAAAUUAUUGCAAAUAAUACUUGGAAUAUUUUGCAUAAUAAUUGAUAUUUCAUAAGAUCUUCUUCUUUCUGGUAACAAAUUUUUGUUCUGAUUUAUAUGAAUGAUUAAAAUUAAAUGAAUUAAAAUUGAUAAUAUUGGUAAAACUAUAUCAAUAACAUGAAAAAUAAUUUGAUAUGGAGUUAAGAAUCCAAGAAACUUUGAGCAUUUUACAGUUUCUUGAGUUAUUAUUGUGCUCAGAAAACUGCAAUAUUGCUCAGGACAACUUGUAAGUUGAAUUAUGAAUUGAAUAAAAACAAAAAUAUUUGUUAUAGUUAUUAGGAAUGUUAAAUUCCUGCCUUUCAAAUAUUUUUGAAACUUGAAAUCGAGGAUUACGAAAAGUCUUUGGAGUGCGAUUAGAAAUGUGAAAAUUGGAGAAGGCGCAGGUUUCAGCGGCUGCGGAGAAUAUUGCGAUAAGCAAUAAGAAUAAGCUGAAAAAUUUUUUUUUUGAAAUUAAAAAAAAAAAGUUGAGCGCCUUGCAAACUUACAACAACAAAAAAUUCGAAAAAAAUAACAAAAUCAUUCCAACAAGUAGAAUCAUAGCUCGAAAAGCGGAGAUCAGGAAAAUUUGUCGAUUCAAUUUGUAGAUCAAGGUUUUCUUCUCUCUUUCAGUGUUUAAUUUGAAAAUAAAAGCGAAGCAAAUGAAAAAUAUUAGAUAAAUAAAGUUUGGAAUAUUUGAAAAAAGUUUUUGCGAAAAUGAUAUUUCCAUUUUUUUUGUUUUUGAAAAUGGAGAAAAAAACAAAAAAAAAAUUUUUUUUGGCUGAAAUUGGAUAUAAUUAUGUGACAUUUAAAGAUGAAAUUAGCGGUUUUCAUUGUCUGACUUUUUUUUCGCCCUUAAAGGACCGGGAACUUUGCAAAACUUCAACAGAAAUUUCAAACGAUGCUCCGGGUUUACACUUUACAGUUAUUGGCGGGGAAUUUCAAAACAUUCAAAAUUUCACCAAAAAAAAUCAGAAAUUUUAAAUUCACAACGUUGCUCCGCGUUGACGCCGAAAAAUAAUUUGAAAAUUUUGAAUUUUCGCCUACGAUGCUCCUGGUUUACACUUUACAGUUACUGGCGGGGAAUUCAAAAUUUUCGAAAAAAAAUCAGAAAUUUCAAAUUAACAACGAUGCUCCGCGUUGACACCGCAAAAUAAUUUGAAAUUUUUGAAUUUUUGCCUACGAUGCUCCGGGUUUACACUUUACAGUUAUUGACGGGGAAUUCAAGAAUUUUCAAAAAUAAUUUGAAAAUUUCGAAAUUUUUUAAAUUUUUAAUUUCAAAAAACGCUCACGUGUCCUAUAUUUUUUCCCGAAACACCAAAAAAAAUAAAAAAAUCGGUAUUUUGAAUUUUCCGCGUCAUGAUGACAACAUCAAAUUCUGUUUCAAAAAGUAGCCGAAAAAAUAAGAGGAGAAGCAGAAGAAAUAGUGACGCCUCAUCUUUGGUAUCAUUGCCAGAUUAUCGUGUUGAAGAGGACAAAUAUGGGAGAUUGGUGAGUGAAAAAAAGAAAAAAGUUGUGCAUCGGGUGGGGGUCGAACCCGGGUUGCAUGAAAGCUGGACGAGCGCGUAGACUUCCGCGUAGCGGCCACGUCUAAGCCUGAAAGCCUAUCUCGAGCGCCUUUAGCGCGAGUGUAGAUCGCAAGCUUCGCGCAGCGGCACUGCCUUCCGCGUAGCGGCCACGUCCAAGCCUGAAAGCCUAUCUUGAGCGCCCUUGGCGCGAGUGUAAACCGCAAGCUUCCGCGUAGCGGCCACGUCUAAGCCUGUAAGCCUAUCUCGAGCGUCCUUGGCGCGAGUGUAUACCGCAAGCUUCCGCGAAGCGGCCGGAUCUGAGCCUGCAAGCCUAUCUCGAGCGCGCUUGGCGCGAGUGUAGACCGCAAGCUUCCGCGAAGCGGCACUGUCUUCCGCGUAGCCAUGCGGCUGUUUUUUCUCACGCUAGAAAUCUCAUAUAUAAAAUGCGUUCAGGUGAACAAGGAGCGCAACUUGGUUUGGCCUGCACUAAAUCCAGGCGACACAAUCUCAAUGCCAGAUGAAACUGAAACCGAGUUCUCCCAACUAUCAACAUCAUCGAAUUGUUUCGAAGCCGAUGCAUUUAUUGGCGGCGUUACAAAAUCAAAUGCCGAAAAUCGCAUCGGACAUCGUAGCUUUGUGAUUUAUUAUCGUAUGCCUGAUGAUGGAACAAUCCCAUUUUCAAUGCCGCUGAUGUUGGUCUAUCGUUCGAGCAGCGGAGCUUUCUAUCAUUUUGCGAUUAAUCAGAAAAAACAAUUUGAUAAGUGUGGAAAAGUUGGGCGAAUGACUUAUAAAGUUGAAUGUGGAGAUACACUUGAUGUAGGUUUUUUGUUUUUUUUUAUUCAAAAAAAAAAAAAAAAAAAAAAAAAAAAAAAUUUUUUUGCCCCCCGCUGGGGAUCGAACCCGAGCUCUCACAGGUGGUGGGAGAAAGUUGGAAAAAUUGGUGCAUUUUUGGCCAAUUUUUGAUCAAAUCACUGUUUUGGCCAGAUUUUGGUCAAAAAAUGGUCAGAAUUUGGCCAAAAAUGGUCAAAAUUCACGAUUCGACCGAAUUUUGGUCAAUUUUUGACCAGAAAACGAAUUGGUGCAUUUUUGGUCAAAAAUUGGUCAAGCUCCCACCACUUUGGCUAAAAACUGAAAUUCAGAUUUUUAGAAAAAUUGUACUCUGGCCAGACAAAAAAAAAAUUUGCCCCCGGUGGGGAUCGAACCCGGGCCUUGGAAACCCUAAGCAGCCGCGUAAACCACUCUACCAAAUAAGAAUUCUUUCAGUUUCUCUCAAUGGAAUCUUUGAUUCGUCACUACGACACUUUUGUCUAUCACGAUGUUUCAACUGGUUCGAUGGAAACUUUUCCGGUUGGAUCGAAAGAUGGAUGUGUUUAUGAUGUUUAUAAGUGAGAAAUAAAACUUUUGUAGAUCAAAAUCCAGGAUUUUCGGCCCCCAAAACAUCGCAUUUUUAGAAAGAAACAGUGUUUUUCCACAUUUAGUAUGAUCAAAGUGCAUUUCGUGACCAUUUGUGCUCCAAAUAUUUGCUCAGCGAUAAAAAAUCACUGUUUUUUGCCGUUUGUCCAUUUUUGCCCAUCUGGGGCUGUUUUUGUUUACAAACUGAAGAAGAUCAGCAUCAAAACUAUUUUUGGAGAGAGCCAGAUUUUUUUUUUUUGAGAAACCAGGAAGCUCAUCACAAUCUGGAACUUUUUGUUUAUUUAUUUAUUUGGAAAAUUUUAUUUUAUUAAAUAAAAUAAAAUAAAUAAACAAUUAAAAAUGAGGAAAAUCAAGUUUUAAGCUUAGCCUAAUAAAUUUAUCAUUGCAAAUGAUCUGAAAACAUUUGACAAUUAGUAUAUAAAUAUAAUUAGUAGAUGGUUAUAAUAAGAAAUAAAUGCAAAAGAUUUUCCUAAUUCUACUAGUUUUUGUUGUUUUAUUUGCGGAGGCUAAGCCCACGAAAUCGAGGAGAAAGGUUAGAAAAUUUUUUAAAAAAUUAAAAAAAAAAUUGUGCGCCGGGUGGGGGUCGAACCCGUGCGCUGCGAUUGUGAGGCACGCGUGUUCGCCACUCGGCUAGCUGGUGGUUUUUUAACGAGGGGGAAAAUUGUCAUAAAAGCAUCGGCGAAAAAAUCCUCCGAUCUUUCCAGCGCGGACCUCAAUGUGGACUUCCAACAUUCAUCGAAGAUCUUCCCAGCGAUGCUCAAGAUCGGCUCAAUGAAAUCUGGGAGGAAUAUCAGGAGGGCGAUGAUUGUGAAGAGGAACAAGCAAAAACACGUGAACUUGUCGGAGGUCUUCUCAAAGAAGUUCAAGAGAAUCUCGAAAACGUCUCGAAACUUCCAUUUUUACGUGGUAUUCCGAAGCGAACUUUGCGGAAGUUUAUCUCGAUUUUCAAGGAUAAAUCAAUCCCAUUUUCUGAGAAAUUAGAGAGAAUUGAAGAAUUGGCAGAGCGGGAGCUGACUGGUGAUAAUUUGCGGAAAUUCAAGGAAUAUAAGAAGAAAAAAGAUCGAGAGGCGAAAAAGUUUAGCGAACGGGAAGAGGAAUUGUCGCCGAAUGCGAAAGCGGCGCAUGAGAAGAUUGAGAAGUUGCAGAAGCGGAAAUUUGAGAUUUUGGCGAAAUUGACGGCGGCUGAGAAACAGGAACUUCUGGAUUUGUGGGAAUUUCGACCGAGAUCUUCUAAAUCUUGA